CUUUGAUGAGGGCGCUCAGAAGUGCUCACUGAGUAUUUUGCAUCACAGGUGAGCACUCAUGGCCUGUUGAUGGGGGAACUGAUGAGGAUAUAGUUAAUAUUUCAGACAGGCGGAUUAUGUAAUAAUCCAGCCCCGGGAUCCAGAGUAUAUUAUAUAGUACUGUGUCAGGUUUGGCGGGCGGUUGCAUGUACCAGCGCGGCUGAAAGCGCCCAAAGAGCGCCAUCUUUGACCGCCUCCACCACAUCGCCCCUCUAUUUAAUACCGCCUACCCUAUGUUCCUGCUGUAAGAGAUUGGAAAAAUAGUAUUUAUGUUUAUAAUAAGAAUGCUUUAAGUUUAAUACCUGUUGCAAUUUCCGUAUGCUACGCCUCUUUUGCUACUAUCCUUAUGCCCAACACCAUGCCUCGAAGAAAAGGAAAGGACUUGGAUCCAGCAUACCGUGCUCGUAUUUGUGAGCUCCAUACCACCUGCCGAUGGGGUGCUGAACGGAUUCAUAAUGCGCACCCAGAGAUUCCACUAUCAACAAUCAAAUACACUAUUAAUGGAGCACCAACGCCUCAAUAAUCCCUCGCUACCUCGUUCUGGUCGACCACGCAAGAAGAAGAGUAAGUGGGGGUUCCGAAGGGAACAGAGGUGGAUGUGAGUCUGCUAGGCAGGAGGAAGGACGCACGGUAUUGUUAUUGUAGUACGGACAGGCAGAACACUUUUGCAAUGAUAUGUAGCGAAUGAGCAUGUAUCAUAAGAUAGUAUGUAGACAGCCCGAUCCUUAACGAUUACAAAUCAUGGGACAAAGAAUCUUCGAAUAUAUAUACUGCUCUCCAGCUCGCCCACAACCCUCAUCUCUCUUUUCAAUCAUCACUGUUGCACCUGCAUCAACUGUCAUACUCAGUAUUAGCCAUGCCGGGCCCCUACAGUACUCAUACCACCACGGAUGAGCUCGUCACUGAUUACGCCUUCCUUAUCAAAAACAAGGUCAUUCUGACCACAGGAGUCUCUUCAGGCUCCCUUGGUGCCUUUUUCGUCCAAUCCAUUGCCAAGGCCAAGCCUGCGUGGCUCAUCCUGGCCGCUCGCAAUGCCGACAAGCUGACCCAGAUGGCAGCAGAAAUUACCAAGGCCCAGCCUGAGGUCAAGGUCCGCACGCUCCAGGUGGACCUGGGCUCUUUGAAAAGCGUGCGGGAUGCAGCCGCGCAGGUCAACUCUUGGGAGGACAUUCCUGUUAUCGAUGUCCUUGUCAACAACGCAGGAAUCAUGGCAGUGGAUUACAAGCUCUCCCCUGACGGAUUUGAGUCCCACCUGGCGACAAACCAUUUGGGGCCGUUCUUGUUCACCAAUCUGAUCAUGAAGAAGAUUGUGGCCGUAAAGGAGCCCAGAAUCGUUGUCGUCAGUAGCGACGGUCAUCGGUUGAACCCAUUCCGGUUCGAUGACUAUAAUUUUGACGAUGGGAAGACGUACAACCGGUGGUACGCCUAUGGUCAGAGCAAGACCGCUAAUAUGCUGUUUGCUAUAUCUCUAGCACAGAAGCUUGGGAUGAAAUAUAAUCUCCAGGCAUUCAGCCUCCAUCCAGGAGUCAUCUGGACCAAUCUAGGCAAUCACUUGGACUGGAACAUUGAGUUUGGUGAACUGCGUAAGACGGGAUCCACUGAUUUCUCGCACAGCUUGGCCUGGUACUGACUCUCGCUAGGCAAGGCCGACAAGUCUCUGGGUAAUCGCGAAGGGUGGAAGGAGUUCGAUGCCAAACCACUGGAGAGAGGUGCUGCAACCCACAUCUACGCGGCAUUCGAUCCAGGUCUCAAGGGUAUAUUUCCCGUAAGAAUCGCAUUGUGUUACAGAAACUGACGUUUUGGUAGCCAACAACGGGUCCUAUCUGCUCGACUGCCAUGUGGCCGAUCCUCUGGUCGAUACGGUCAAACCAUGGGCCACCAGCAGCUUUGAAGCCGAAAGACUGUGGCAACUGAGUGAGAAGCUGGUUGGACAGGAGUUUUCCUCCUAAGACAGUGUAUGUAGACAAAGUCGACCUUGAAUUAAGAAUUGAUUGGGUUUAGACUUUAGGCCCUACUUGUAGUUUGACGUCUUCUG